ACUAUCCGGAAACUGAGACACGAGGCGAGCCAAACCUUUUCCACCGGCUGCUUCUCCUCUUUGUCCAUCAUCCACAUCCACAGCUACACCAUGGCGAAUGUCGUCGAUACAAAACUGUACGACAUCCUCGGAGUGUCUCCAUCCGCAACUGAAAACGAGCUGAAGAAGGCAUACCGGAAACUGGCAAAAGAAUAUCACCCUGACAAGAACCCAAAUGCUGGUGACAAGUUCAAAGAAAUCAGCUUUGCCUAUGAGGUGCUGACCAACCCUGAAAAGAAGGAACUUUAUGACCGCUAUGGAGAACAAGGUUUGCGGGAAGGAGGUGGGGGCGGCCCAGGGAUGGACGACAUCUUCUCCCACAUAUUUGGUGGUGGACUCUUUGGCUUCAUGGGUGGCCAGGGGAGUCGCUCUCGCAAUGGAGGUCGGAGGAGAGGAGAGGACAUGGUCCAUCCACUCAAAGUGUCACUGGAAGACCUUUACAACGGAAAGACAACUAAACUACAACUUAGCAAGAAUGUACUGUGUAGCACUUGUAACGGGCAGGGAGGCAAGACAGGCGCUGUACAAAAAUGUACAACAUGUAGGGGGCGUGGCAUGCGCAUCAUGAUCAGACAGCUGGCCCCGGGGAUGGUCCAACAGAUGCAGUCUGUGUGUACUGAUUGUAACGGAGAAGGUGAAGUUAUCAGUGAGAAAGACCGCUGUAAAAAAUGUGAGGGCAAAAAAGUGGUGAAGGAGGUGAAGAUUCUGGAGGUACACGUGGACAAAGGCAUGAAGCACGGCCAGAAAAUUACCUUCGGAGGGGAGGCUGACCAGGCGCCUGGCGUCGAGCCGGGAGAUAUAGUCCUCGUCCUGCAGGAAAAAGAGAACGAGACAUUCAAGCGAGAUGGCAAUGACCUGUUCAUGAACCACAAGAUCGGGCUGGUGGAGGCGCUGUGCGGCUUCCAGUUUAUGCUGAAACACUUAGACGGCAGACAGAUUGUAGUGAAGUACCCUGCUGGCAAAGUCAUUGAACCAGCCUCAGUGAGGGUGGUGCGAGGAGAGGGAAUGCCACAGUACCGUAACCCUUUUGAGAAGGGAGAUCUGUACAUCAAGUUUGACGUCCAGUUCCCCAGCAACAACUGGAUCAGCCCUGAGAAACUCGUGGAGCUGGAGGACAUGCUGCCCUCACGGUCGGAGCCGCCCAUCAUCACCGGAGACACCGAGGAGGUCGACCUGCAGGAUUACGACGUCAGCCAGAGCUCGUCAUCAGGUAGCCGCAGAGAGGCCUACAACGACAGCUCCGAUGAAGAGGGUGGCCACCACGGGCCAGGGGUCCAGUGCGCCCACCAGUAGUCUCAUACUCUUUCUCUAUCUCUCUCUCACUCACACACACACACACACACACACACACAU